AUGCAAUACUUGUCAGGCGCAUCUAGUGGCACUGUGAUUGCUGGCGGUAAUGGACCAGGAACAGGUAGUACACAGCUGAAUGGUCCAUUCGGUAUCUAUUUCGAUUCAGUAUCAAAUAGUCUUGUUAUCGCUAAUCGUGGGGCUAAUAAUAUCGUUCGUUGGGUAAUAGGAGCCAGUACAUGGACACUUCUUGCUGGUAAUAGUGGUGGAUUGAGUGGUUCUUCAUCAACAUUACUAAACGGUCCUUGCAGUGUAACACUCGAUUCUAUGGGAAACAUUUUCUUUUUACUUUCUAAAUAA